CGUCUUUUGACUGCACCGUGCGUGUCCCGCAGCAGGAUCGACGAUGGCCUUAUUCACCUACCUGGCCGGUCUCCCGCACAGACUGGUGGCCUCAAAUACUAUAACAAAACAGGAGAAGUGUUACAACCCUCUCGACCUGACAUUUACAUUUGUGGAUAGAGAGGAUGAUUUGGACUUUUUGUAUGAAGGCUUCAAAUCUCCCAGAGCUCAGAUGUCCUGUGGUCACGCUGUGACCCCGACCUCUCUCACCAACUGGUGUCGCAGGUUGUUGGACCAGGGUGAAAGCAGGUUUGUGUGUGGUGGGUCUGGUUGUGGUGCUGAGUGGACUUUGGCAGAGGUUUGUAAAAUGGGUCUUUUGACCCCUGAAGAAACUGAGUACUUCAGAAAAACCCUGGAAUUCAACGCUGCCAGGCAGAUGCUUAUCAUCAGAUUUUGUCCUGGAUGCGGAUCCUCUGUGACGAGAGAGAACGAAUCAUAUUUGAAUGUCCUCUGUAAAGUGUGCACAUCAGUAAAAGGACAGACCUUUGAAUUCUGUUGGCAGUGUUUGAGGGAGUGGAAGGGUGCACGGCCUCGGAAAGACCGCUGUGGAAAUCAUGGCUGCUGCAACCAGUCACUGAAAACGCUAAAAGAAUGCCCAGAUAUCAUCUUUGAUUCAGUGAAGGGUGUCAACGGGUGUCCCUCUGUCCGUGCCUGUCCCACCUGUGGGUUACUGGUGGAGCACAGCAAAAGGCACUGUAAAUCUCUUGUUUGUCCUCGAUGUAAGGUGAAGUUUUGUUUUGUGUGCCUGAAGAUCUUCACUGAAUGCAUAAAAACAAGUGGCAUUUCUGCACCUUGGUCCAGUGGAGUGGCCCCCAGGCAGACAUCUAUACCUGUAUGGCAGAAGAAAUAAUAGUAACAACACAAGGCCAUCAAACUUCACUUUGUUUUGGUGUUGGCUCAUGUCGUAGAGCAGAUCAGCUACUGAUCGGAAGGUUGGUGGUUUGAUUCCUGGU